AUGGCUUCUUCUCGUGCAAUGUUGAUCCUAACCAUUUCAAUGGUUUUGCUUUCCUCAGUUGCAAUGGCUACUGAUCAUAUUGUUGGUGAUGAUAAAGGCUGGACUGUUGAUUUCAAUUACACUCAAUGGGCUCAGGAAAUGGUUUUUCGUGUUGGUGACAAUCUUGUUUUCAACUAUAACCCUUCUUUCCACAAUGUUUUCAAAGUGAAUGGUACACUCUUUCAAAACUGCACUUUUCCGCCGGAAAACGAAGCACUUUCUACCGGAAAAGAUAUAAUUCCAUUGAAAACUGAAGGCAGAAAAUGGUAUGUUUGUGGAAAAGCUGAUCAUUGUGCUUCUCGUCAAAUGAAAUUUGUCAUCACGGUUCUAGCCGAAGGUGCACCGGCUCCUUCUCCUCCUUCUCCUCCACCGUCUUCGGAUGCUCGCCAUGUUUUAUCAUCUGUGUUUGGAGUUGUCAUGGCAACCAUGUUUGCUAUUGUAGCCAUCUUUGCAUAA